GGUGUCACAUGACUAGCUCAUAGUCUACGGCUGUCAGAAGCCAGGUCGUACUAACGUAGAGGUGACGGGAGACUGGUACAGUAACGGUAACCGAUAGGAAAAAAAAAGAAGGCAACAUGUCGGGCAAGGACAGGAUCGAGGUGUUCCCCUCUAGAAUGGCUCAGACCAUCAUGAAAGCUCGUUUAAAAGGUGCGCAGACUGGGCGCAAUCUUCUAAAGAAAAAGUCAGAUGCCUUAACCAUGCGUUUUCGUCAGAUUCUUAAAAAAAUAAUUGAGACCAAAAUGCUCAUGGGUGAAGUGAUGAGAGAAGCUGCGUUUUCUCUUGCGGAGGCUAAAUUCACAGCUGGAGAUUUCAGUACAACAAUCAUCCAAAAUGUCAAUAAAGCUCAAGUAAAGGUCCGAGCCAAGAAAGACAAUGUGGCAGGUGUCACUUUGCCAGUAUUCGAGCAUUAUCAGGAAGGAGGAGAUAGUUAUGAAUUAACGGGACUUGCUAGAGGAGGUGAACAGCUGGCUAAACUGAAGAGGAACUAUGCCAAGGCAGUAGAGCUGUUGGUAGAGCUGGCAUCUUUGCAGACAUCUUUUGUUACACUGGAUGAAGCCAUUAAAAUCACUAAUAGACGUGUUAACGCCAUAGAACACGUGAUUAUACCUCGAAUAGAGCGAACAUUGUCGUAUAUUAUCACAGAGCUGGAUGAACGUGAGAGGGAGGAGUUUUACAGACUAAAGAAGAUUCAGGAAAAGAAGAAGAUUAUCAAGGAACGGACUGAAAAAGAGCGUGCGGAAUACGUUAGACCUGGAGAGACUGAACCAGCUAAUCUUCUAGCUGAAGACCGUGAUGAGGAUCUUCUGUUUGAUUAGACAGGCUCUAAUGAAGGCAUUAAUAAACAGAAUGGGAGGCUGUAUCACAGUAUAUUGUUUUGCACUGUAUAUUAAUACUGUUCAUAUCAUAGUGCAUCAUAUUGUCAUCUGCCAUUGUGUUCUGUGAGGAUUCAUGAGUCAUUUGAGAUUUUAUUACAUGUAUUUAAAAAAGAAAGAUUAUGUGCUCUAAAAAUGUAAACUUUAUACUGAAAGGUCUUAUUUAUGUUGUCUUUCCUAUAUUUGGUUUUAAACCAAUGUAAAGACAAAUAACUGUAAUUGUGGUAUUGUUUGCUAAGUUUAUUAAAUGCAAACAAGGUUGUCCGA